AUGCUUGUGUCCAGCUGCCUAAGUUGGUCCUUCAACAUGAUGAUUCUGGCCAAGGUAGUAGUGUCAUACCCGGCGAAACUGUCCCUCACAGCUCUCAUUUGCAUCAUGAAGACGAUUGGGUCUAUUGUCACAGCUGUGAUAUGGGAGAGAAACACUCCCAGAGCCUGGAAAAUCUGUCCUGGUGUAGCAAUGUUGGCAUCGCUAUAUGGGGGAUGCUUCUCAGCAAUGACUGUUUACCUCGGUGGUUGGAUUAUAAAGAAGAAGGGACCUGGUUUCGUGAGCGUUUUCAAACCUGUGAAUUUGAUUCCCACACGAGCUAAUCUACUCUAG